AUGAGCAGCAGAUUUGUGGGCACAUGGAAGCUGGUCUCCAGUGAGCGUUUCGAUGACUACAUGAAAGCUCUGGGUGUGGGGUUAGCCACCAGAAAACUGGGAAAUAUGGCUAAACCCAGAGUGAUCAUCAGUAAGAAAGGGGAUAUUAUAACCAUAAGGACUGAAAGCACCUUUAAAAAUACAGAGAUCUUCUUCAAGCUAGGCCAGGAAUUUGAAGAAACCACAGCUGACAACCGGAAAACAAAGAGUGUCAUAACCUUGGCGAAAGAUUCACUGAAUCAAGUGCAGAAAUGGGAUGGCAAAGAGACCACAAUAAAGAGAAAGUUGAUGGAUGGCAAAAUGGUAGUGGAAUGUAAGAUGAAGGGCGUGGUCUGCACCAGAAUUUAUGAGAAGGUUUGA